AUGAGCUUAGAAGCUGCCCCACAAGACAAUGGCUGCUGCGGAUCCCUCCUCUCAUUCCCCACCGAUGUUGGGGCAUUUGGAGCGGAUGACCGCAUCUCCUUCUCCUUACAGAGCAAAACCUACCUUGCAGUCGCCGACGAUGGAUCAGAAUAUGAGUUCAACGAGAGGGACAAGACCUGGGCACCGGUAGACUAUGACCAGGAGGAUGACGACGACCUUCAUUCCCUACACGAAGCGGGAGAUAACGGCAGUGCUCUCGCGCUUGACUCGCAGUCAAGGAAAAGAAGGCCAGACCCAUCGUACGAUGACGAGAAUCCAAACCAAUCCCGGCCGCAACGCCCCAAGAAGAAGGCUAAGGCGCCCCCAGCGCCGAGGCAAAACACAGCGGUUUACGUGACGGGCCUUCCCCUCGAUGCCACCGUGGACGAAGUUUAUGAUCUCUUUUCGAAGAAGGGGGCGUGA